AUGUCUAUGUUCAAUGCUCUCAAUUCAAACAUCGACGGUGAGCAAUACGAGGCAGAGGAGCAUUCAAGAGAGCUACAAAUCGAGCAAAGCUUCAAUAUUCUGCAGGAUGCCCUAAUCGAUCUUAAGAACAGAGAUUUUCAAAAAUCGGAUAACAAAUUCCAAGAGCUUUUCCAAAUUGAUGUUGUCAAGCCUGAUAGAUGGGGCGUGUACCGUAAUUCCUCUCCCACAUUGGAUAAUCUGCGAUAUUUAUGUUACAGGAAUAGAGGGAUGUAUUAUCAUUUAUAUUUGGAAAGUAAUUAUGAAAAUCUGAAUUCACAGGACUUGGUUAAUUGCGUUCUAAAAGCGGUUGAGAAUUUGGUUGAAUCCAUUCAGCACAGUGACGCCGAUUUUUCAGUUACGAAUUUGCUGGUUCGCAUCUUCAGAGGUUUUAAUAGCGCCAAAUUGGAACGGUUAAUCUCAGAGUAUGAAUUUACGAAAGAGGAGAACCUUUCGCUCUUACUAGGUCGUCAUCGCAAAUUUAUAUUAAGUGAUUUGACUCAAAUGAUGAAUAACUACAUAGACCUUACAAAUACAUUACUGGUUCCCGAUUUAUCGGAUAAGACGAUCUUUGAGAGAUAUCAUAUGGAUAAGUAUAAGGGCAUUGCACCAGAAGGUCUGGCUUUUGGGCCAAUCCUCUCUAAAAUUUCUGAGAUGAAAAGGGAAGAUGAAGAGAUAAUGAAAAAACUGGAUGUAUUCAAUGUCACAUUGAAUGAAGAAUCUUGGGAUGAAGUGGCGAAAGCUUUAAAAAAUCUACUCCCUAGUGUUAAGACAUCGUCUCUCAUCGGCAGAAAUAUGGACCCUUAUAACGAAGUUGAAGAGCCCAUUGAAGCCAUUAAAUUUGAUUUAUCGGAAUCAAUCAAUAAUACCCCGUCCUUAGAAAAAGAUGAAGAGCAACAAGAUGAAGAGCAAGAUGAAGAGACAACGCAAGUGGAGAAUAAAAGCGACAAUUCAGUGCCCUUAGAAACCAAAGUUAGUGAGGAAUCCAGACCUAAUAAGAGGCCUGAUGAACAUUUGGAUACGACAAAGCCUCUUCAAAGAAGUAGUAAGCGUUUCAAAGAGAGGGAACAUGACAACUCAAAAGAGCUUGUCAUGGACGUUCAUAAAAGAUUCUUUACUGAAUUCAAUACAUUGCUGUCGUAUAUACAAAUAAACUCAUUUUAUGAUUUCGAUACAUUUGCCUCCAAAUUCGUCAUUGGCUCUGAUGGUAGCCCAUUUGAUAAAUUUAUUCCAUACACUGACUUUUAUGAAUGUUUGAAAUCUUGGAACAGUAGAUAUACCGACAUUUUCAACCAGAAUGACUAUUUAUCUAGCGGCUCUAACGAAAACGAAGAAUUGUUUCAACUAAAUGCUCUCCUGAAGUCGAAUGCAUUUGAUAACAAGGAAGGUUUUCCUAGAUAUUUGAGUGACUUGGAUUCGGAUCACAUCAAAUCCUUUGUAUCUGAAGUGAACGGGGGUAGUCUUCAUUUUCAUGAAGUACGUUUAAAAUUACUAUUCAAACUGCUUGGGACCUAUGAUGAGGGAAACCAAAGACGUCUCGUGAUUGAUUACCUUUGGGAACCCCAGCUUCUAAAGACAGUUUUAUGGUUCGUUUUUGGAAUUGAGUUGAAUAUCUUUUCUUUCAUCAACAAAAACCAAAAGCAAUGCAAGUAUUUGGCCUUGUCGGUUUACGAACUGCUAGUAAAUCAUUUAGGAAAUAUUGUGGAAGAAAUUACAAACAAACGGAUUCAAGGACACAAGUCAGCGGACUUAAAAAGUCAAAGAAAUAAGGUGGAGAAAAGAAUAAGGUCUUGGCAUGCGUUACUAGAACAAAUUGCCGAGGAAAAAGAUACAGAAUUGUACGUCCACUUUCAAUGGACUCAUUACUGUUUUUUGCAGUAUACCUGUGAUAUCGUUGAUAACAGGCUUUCCGAAACUUUAACAUCUUUGGAGAAGACUAUAAAAGAUUUGGACUCUUGUCUAGACGUUGCUUAUCCAAAUUAUCGGCACAUACCUGCUUUGAACUUGAAUACAGUUCAAUCACAAAAAAGGAAAAUAAAAAUAAUACAGAACAUAACAGUUGAAGAUAUUUCUGAAGAUACAACCUCUGAUAGUCAUUCGGAAAAUCAUUUGGAGACUCUAGAGCGUGUUCUUUUGCAUAUAUUAUAUCCUUCAACCAAGCAACAAGUUAUCGAUGAGGAGAUGGUGUCAUUCAUUUCGAAUUCGCCAUUUCUACUGAAAAUCAGGCUGUGGGGCGUUCUCUUCUCAUCAUAUGUUAAAAAAUCUAGUAUACAAGACGCGCAAAGGAUUUAUUUUCAUGUCCUUGACUUCAUGAAGGGCGCGUUAAAAUCGUCUUUUUACAGGGAAUCGAACCCUCAUGCAAGGCAGCAAAUGUUAUUAACAGUUUUGACAGCAAUUGGUUAUUUUUCCAGUAAGUUAAAUAAAAUUUUGAAUGUGAAUAGGUGGGAAAAUAGUGAUUUUACGUUAGAGGACUGUAUGUUUGAUAAAUUAUUGAAGACAUUUUUUUUCUUUUAUACAGUUCUAUUUUAUGAAAGUUCGGCAGUUACUGAAACUUCAAAUAAGUCAUUUUUCAAAAGAGCUUCAAAAUCAUCUGGAAAAAUGAAGGACAUCAUAAUAGAUUUAUCAACUUUAAUUCUCUAUUACUAUAAUAUUCAGGCCAGCAUAAAGACGCCUACUGAUCAGGGUAUUGAGACCACUGAACUAAUUUGGUCUUUGCAUACCCUUUUUGGACAUUUCCAUUUUUGUGACGCAUCAAAUGGCAACUUUUUAGCUUUAUCUGAGAAACUAUUGUGUCAAUUCAUUAAUAACGACUCAUUUUUACAGUUGAAACAAAUACUAUGGUGUAGAUAUCACUACACCAUAGCCAGUGAUAAUUUCAGUCCUGACCUGCAUGAAACAAAAGCUGUAGAGAUGGAAAAGAUUCAUUCUUUACCCCUAGGUACUUACCUUAUUAAAUUGCAGUAUCAAAACAAAAAUCCUUACCUUUCCUCGUCAAAAACCACCUUGAAGCAGGUUAUGGAUAAUAUUAUAGAGAAAAUAGGCGAUCCUUCAACUGUGGACAACCAUAUCAUAUCUAGAAACUCGUUUUUAUUAAAUGAAUAUCUAUCGAGGCCAAUAACAGCUAAUUUGCUGAAGGAUACAUUUUCCGGCGACACAAAUUUAUACUUAACUACACCACAUGAUGAGUUACAACAAGGUAUGACAGCUGGCCUGUUCUAUGUAUCCAGCUUACAGUCUUUGGGUUUAUAUAAAAUGAGGAAGAAGUCUAUGCAAGCAAGGCCCUCUGAGCUGGACUCUAUUAUUAGGAUGUUGAAGAAUGACAUCAUAUACAAUACAAACCGUUUUGAAAGUUGGAUACUACUUGGAAAGUGCUACACUUAUACAGUUGAAGAUGAUUUAAUUUGGACUUCAGAUAAGAUUACUGUUCCUGAGAAGAAAGAAAUCAUUGCGCUAACUCAAAGAAAGGCGAUAUUGUGUUACUCAAUGGCCGUUUCYAUUUAUUACAGUAAGCCGAAUCGAACCAGCGAUGACAAAAAGAUUAUAUUAAAGGCGUUAGAUGACUUGGGCUCUAUGCUGAUUAGUGGGUACUACAAACCUAUGAGUAAGCUUUGCUAUAGCUGGAAAAGUAAUGUUGAAAACACAAUGAGAUUAUCCGAAACUGGAGAGGUAAUAAUGGAAAAAACAAAGAAAAUCACCACAAUUUCAGACUUCAAUAUUGAACAAAGCAUAUUUUUAUGUUUCAAUCGAGGAUGUUCUUUAUCGACUAGUGCCAAGUUAGAGGAUGACACGUUUGUGCUAAACUGGUUUAGCUUUUAUAGUCUGGCUAAAUUCUUUUUCAAAACAGACGAUGGGAAUAACUGUAAACUAAUCUCGAACUAUAUUUUAAAAAGUUGCCAAAUAGCACAUGAGUCAUCACCCGUUAAAGAUCCAAUCAUCGAACCGCACUACUUAUUAGUGAAUUCUUGCUAUAAAUGGAUAAAACAAGGCAUCAUAAAUGUCAAUGAGGCUUUAGCGCUAUUAUCUAAAGAUAACCAGUUUUUUCAAGAGCAAGAGGAAUUUUGGGUUAAUGAUGAAGGCCUAGCGGGGGACUAUCAAAAAAAGGUGUUUUUUGACAAGAUCAUGAAACUACUUCACCAUUUAUUAUCUGUAGAUAAAAAAAAAUGGCAGCAUAGACCUCGUUACAGAGUUGCACGCAUAUUGUUUGAUGAUUUUGGUGAUGUGGACGGGGCUCUGAAAGAGAUGGAUAGUUUGAUAUCGGCAAAAAGCGUAAACAAAAACUUGGUCAACAUAUGGAAGCCAGAUUUUGAGAGGCCAGGAAAGCAUUUUAUCUACACAUACCAGUAUUUGGUUUUGUAUUUGGACUUGCUUUUUGCCAUGAAAGACUUCAAUACUACUGGCCUUGUUAUAAAAAAACUAAGACGUUUUGGUUCUGGAACAGUUAACAUAAAUGAACUUUUAGAACGCGCCAUUAGCGUGUAUACGCAAAGUGCUAAAAUAAAACUACAGUUACAAGACAAAAGUUAUGUGGAGCAGAUCCUCCCCACACUUGACUAUCAAGAUUUUUUGAAAAUCAGUGAGCAGUUGAAUCAGAUAUUCGACCAGAGCAAGCAUCCGGAAGAAAUAGUUUCCGGACUAAAACUCGCAUUCCAACUGAAGAAGGGGCAUAGCGGAAUUGCCUUCGACAGUGUUUGCCUGGGUAUUUAUUUCGAGUAUCUCUAUUAUCCUCUAGCUCAACAGAAUCAAUCCCCCGCAAACGAUAAUGAAGAGAACACGCCAAUACCAUCAUCUGCGGGUUCUAUUGCAUCCAAAGGCACUCCAGAUUCCACCUCCAAGUCGAGUGCCGUGAAGAAGCGUGUCACCAAGAAGGAAGUCUUCGAUAGAAUCAAACUAUUAGUGGACAAGAUCACGUGA